GCAUACAAGUAUGCUAUCUUAUUAUAUAUCAUGUUGUUACGCGACCAAGGGUCUCGUAUAUAGAGAGAGGAUGGUUCACCCCUGACGUAAUGUUCCCUCAUACUGCUGCAGCGCCCCUGAGAAGCGUACUGUGUAUUCAAGACCGGCCUAAGAAGAAAGUCGGACGAAACUAGUUUUUUAGUUGUGUUUAUAUUCUCUGUACACUUUAGUUCAUACCAGGCGGAUUUUAGACCAGUUGGUUGUUUGAUUUUCAUGGCGUCAUUUGCCAGUAUUUUUUGGUCUUUUGUGAUAUUUUGUGGAGGCUCAACCUGUUGAAUUUUCCUGCUGUAUGAAUAAAAUCCUGAGUUCUACGUUGAUUGUUCAUCAUGAAGAGAGCAGACGAAAGUUACGACAAACCAUCGCAAAAUACCACAAGAACUCUAUCUACGGAAGACUUUGUGAGGAGAAUCAAGAGAAGGAUAGAGGGGGAGAGAGCCAAGCAGUACGAUGAGUCUAUGAGAAUGUUGAUUCCCCAGAUAGGAGAGAAGGCCUGGGGGGAGAAAAGAGUUGGGAACGGUGGAUAUGAUCGGAGAGAUGGUCAAGUUCAAACCCAGGAUCAAUACUGGGAAUGAUAAUGCUUGUAUGAAAAAGUACUUGUCUCGUGUGUCCAGGGACGGAUUGGAUCAACCUAGCAUGCUCAGGAGGGAUCAGUUUCUCCCUGUCGACGUUCCCUUGCUGGAUUACUUGGUGGAGAGCUCUAAGAAUGUGAUAGGAUGGAAGUAUCCCAGAAUGGAGGAGUUGGAGUAUUAUCAGGCCAAUAGAGGUCUGAGUCUGGAGAUGUUGAAGCAGGUGGAGGUGAAGGAGUUGGUCUGCGGUAGAAGCACGAAGGAGGAGAUCCUGGACGUGGCUCGUUGGAUUGAGAGGAUGCAUGCCUUGGACCAGGAGAAGUUUGGGACUCAGGUGAUUUCUCUGGAUGUUGAAGAUGUUAAGGCUACAUUCUAUGAUAAUCUAAGGAUGGCGGGGAAGAUUCAGAUCCCUGGGGGGCAGGCUCCANCCAAUCCCUGGUAA